UAUUACACUGUUAAAAAUGGGUUUCAUUUAUGGAGGGUUUAAACCCUCGGAAUUUCGAUCACCAUAUCGGUUAUCGAUACCCCUACUUGUUUUUGGUGGAAAAAACCCUCGUUGCGUGAUUUGACGGGAUUUAAUCCUUUCUUCAGCACGGUUUUAUCUGUUGUUAAAUAACCCGUAAAUUUUAAUAGUUUAAAUUAUAAAUAACGACUAAAAAAAACUCUUGUUUUUAAAUAUCGAGGGUAAAAACUUUGUCAAUGUUUAAUAAUCGAUUCUUAUCGGCCUGUCAAUUUGGCGCCUUUCAGUGAUUGCAUGUUAUUUUCUUAUAUUCGAAACUUAAACAAGUUAAAAUAAGACAUCAUGGCAAAUUUCGAGAAGUAUAAAGUUGUUAGUGAUGAACUUGAGAAUUUAAGGUGUUUCAUUGGGGAGUGCAAUUUUGGCAUUGUAAUAAAUGUAAGUGCAGCUGAAUUGCUGAAACAUUUUCGAGUAUGUCAUCGAAAAGACAUUCAGUUUUCCAGCCCUUGCCUCUUUUCCAAGAACUGCUUCCAUUCUCAGCCUUUCAAAUCUUACGACACUCUAUACAAACACCUUAGAUUGUACCACGCAGGCUUUUUUCAGAUUGAAGAGCAGCAGUUAGUUGAAGGUGCUGAUCACGUACACCAGACAAUGACAUCUUGACAUGUUCAUACAAGAUGAAGGCAAUCUGCAUCAGCAACAUCAGAACGUAGCUGAAGGGUAUCUCGAACAUGUUGCUCUGCUUGGUGAUGCCCAACCACAACCUGAUGAUGCUCCCGUAUAUCCCAACAUGGAUACUGGUCUUCUUGCUGGCAAAUUAAUCAGAGAUCUUCUUGCAGUUCGUAAACUAACACAAAUGGAUAUUCAAGAAGUUAUGAAGGGAACGGAGACCCUUGUGAAGGCUUUUAUCAAGCAAACCCUUUCGGAUGCGACUGAUCUAAUGUUGAGAGAAACAGGGUGCGAUCAUUCUGAUGUCUUAUAUACUCUCGAUCCAGCACAACUUGAUCUCUUUGCUGGACUAAAAAACCAGUACAGUCAAAUCAAAUUCUUCAAAGAGAAGUUCAACUUGAUUAUGCCCGUUAAAGUAGAACUUCCUGCAAGACCGGAGGAUUUAAGAUUAUAGCUUUACUCUUAAGUUCUGUGCCUGUUUCCAUCGUUUCCCGCUUCAAUUUUUCCAACCUGUUCUAUCCUAUUCGUACUAUAGGUUAUGCCUAUUGCUUGCUUUUAUGCUUUUUUGUCACUGUUUAUUAAAAGGGAAAAACAAAGAUUAAAAAUACAGGCUGUUUGAUCAUUCGUAAAGAAUGGAAUUUAAA